UGACAAAUUUUUCCGUUGGUGUCUUUCUGUAGGAAGCCAUUGAAUCAUUCAAAGAAGCUCUGAAGCAGAAAGCAGACUUCAUAGAUGCAUAUAAAAGUCUGGGACAAGCCUACAGAGAACUUGGCAACUUCGAUGCUGCUACAGAGAGCUUCCGGAAGGCUUUACUGCUAAAUCAAAAUCAUGUUCAGACGUUACAGCUCAAAGGAAUGAUGCUUUAUCAUCAUGGUAGCUUAGAUGAAGCACUAAAGAAUUUUAAGAGAUGUCUACAGCUAGAACCAUACAAUGAAGUAUGCCAGUACAUGAAAGGUCUCAGCCAUGUUGCAAUGGGACAGUUUUAUGAAGGCAUAAAAGCUCAGACUAAAGUUAUGUUAAAUGAUCCACUACCGGGUCAGAAGGCCAGCCCAGAAUAUCUGAAAGUGAAAUACCUCCGAGAGUAUUCUAGGUACUUGCACGCGCAUUUGGAUACCCCUCUUACAGAGUAUAAUAUUGAUAUAGAUCUUCCUGGAAAUUUCAAGGACCACUGGGCCAAAAAUCUUCCUUUUCUAAUAGAAAAUUAUGAAGAACAGCCAGGGUUACAGCCACAUAUAAAAGAUGUGUUAUUUCAGAAUUUUGAAAGCUAUAAGCCUGACGUGCAAGAACUCGUAUGUGUAGCUGAUCAUCUGGGUUCCAUGAUGCAGUAUGAGACACCAGGAUUUCUUCCAAAUAAAAGAAUACAUAGAGCAAUGGGAUUGGCCACCCUAGAAGUAAUGCAAGCUGUGCAGCGGACUUGGGCAAACUCAAAAGUUCGUAUGAAUGGGAAAACCAGACUGAUGCAGUGGAGAGAUAUGUUUGAUAUAGCUGUGAAGUGGCGAAGGAUAGCUGACCCUGACCAGCCUGUGCUUUGGUUGGACCAAAUGCCUGCCCGAAGCCUUAGCAGAGGUUUCAAUAAUCACAUUAACUUAAUCAGGGGACAGGUCAUUAACAUGCGGUACCUGGAAUAUUUUGAGAAAAUUCUUCAUUUUAUCAAAGAUAGGAUCCUUGUUUAUCAUGGUGCUAAUAAUCCAAAAGGACUAUUAGAGGUUCGAGAAGCUUUGGAAAAGGUACAUAAAGUAGAAGAUCUUCUUCCCAUAAUGAAGGUAAAUUAA